UACGCCAUAUAUGCAUAUAAUUCAAAGACGGCAGAACAAACGCAAAGGUUAAAAUAUGGAGAUUUGGAGAUAGUAUUGAAAAAUGACCAUUUCGAAUUCGUUUGCAAAGGUGGUGCAGUGAUAUCAAAUAUAAAAGAAAUUUUAUUUAUGAAUUCAAAAAUUAAAGGAAUAACGGAUGAUAUAACAUCAAUUCCACCAGAAGAACAGAGAUAUUACGCAUUAAAUGCAUUUCCUAAAGUUUUGAAGAUUGGAAGAUUUAAUUUAAAUGAGGAAUUCAUAAAAGGUUUCCUAAAUGACAUAAUGGAGAAAGCAGAUAAGGAAUAUGUGGAUAGUGAGUUAAAGAAGAGGACAGAUAAGGAAUAUGUGGAUGAAAAAGAUAAUGAAAUUAAAGAAAUGGUUGAAUGGUAUCAUGAAUGGACAUCAAAGAUUUUAAAAACUAAAGCUGAUACAGGAUGGGUUUCAGGAUGUUUAGACCUUAAAGCGGAUAAAACAUAUGUUAAUGAUGAGUUAAAGAAGAGGACAGAUAAAACAUAUGUGGAUGAAAAAGAUAAUGAAAUUAAAGAAAUGGUUGAAUGGUAUCAUGAAUGGACAUCAAAGAUUUUAAAAACUAAAGCUGAUACAGGAUGGGUUUCAGGAUGUUUAGACCUUAAAGCGGAUAAAACAUAUGUUAAUGAUGAGUUAAAGAAGAGGACAGAUAAAACAUAUGUGGAUGAAAUAUACCAAAGUUUGAUAGGAACAAAAAAUAUUGAAACUAUUGUUGGCGACUUUUCUGUCAAUGAAGAAAAUAAAUAUUUUAGAUGGCAGUUUGUACACUCCUUAAAAAAUGGUAUACGGUGGAAACUCAUUCCGAAAAAUAACAAUGAAAUGUAUGUAAGUUAUAAAAAGAAUGAUGACACACAAGUUAAAGUUCCAUUAGACAACAACUGCUACUUAAACUUAUAUGGAGACGAACAAAAGAAAUAUUUAAGAGUUUAUGAAAUGGCAGAUAUGACAUUGCCUGACCCAGCUCCAGCACCAUAUUAUUAUGACUAUGGAGAUGAUGUCAGAACACCACAUGUAGAUGAACAAAAGUUAACAUUAUAUUUAGAUUAUUAUAGAUAUAAAAGAUAUAAUGCAAUAGAAAAAACGAGAAUAGUAUAUUAUUAUACAGAUGACAGAAAUAAAUAUUAUAGUCAAGAUUUUACCUACCCUGAAAACAUA